GACUACGACUCCCGUCAUGCCCCGGGGUCCCCCGGAAGGGGCGUGGCGCCCCCGCCGGCCGCUUCCGGGCUGGCAGUGAGGGGAGUGAGGCAGCGCUAAGAUGGCGGCGGCGGCGGUGCUGGAGUUCCAGCGUGCGCAGUCCCUGCUCUCCACCGACCGCGAGGCCUCCAUCGGCAUCCUGCACUCCAUAGUGAAACGCGAUGUCCAGGAAAACGAUGAAGAAGCGGUGCAGGUCAAAGAGCAGAGCAUCCUGGAGCUGGGGUCGCUUUUGGCCAAGACCGGGCAGGCAGAAGAGCUGGGAGGACUUCUGAAGUACGUUCGGCCCUUCUUGAACUCCAUCAGCAAAGCCAAGGCAGCGCGCUUAGUCCGCUCUCUGCUCGAUCUCUUCCUUGAUAUGGAGGCAGCAACGGGACAGGAGGUUGACCUGUGUUUAGAGUGUAUCGAAUGGGCCAAAUCAGAGAAGCGGACUUUCCUACGCCAGGCCCUGGAGGCGAGGCUGGUCUCUUUAUACUUCGAUACCAAGAGGUACCAAGAAGCACUGCAGCUGGGCUCCCAGCUUCUUCGGGAACUGAAAAAGAUGGACGACAAGGCACUGCUGGUGGAAGUGCAGCUGUUAGAAAGCAAGACUUACCAUGCCCUGAGCAACCUGCCAAAAGCAAGAGCAGCCUUAACCUCUGCCCGGACCACAGCCAACGCAAUCUACUGCCCGCCCAAGCUGCAAGCAGCGUUAGACAUGCAGUCAGGUAUUAUCCACGCAGCAGAAGAGAAGGACUGGAAAACAGCCUAUUCGUAUUUUUACGAGGCGUUUGAGGGCUACGAUUCAAUUGACAACCCCAAAGCCAUCACUGCGCUGAAAUACAUGUUGCUGUGCAAAAUCAUGCUGAACAUCCCAGAAGACGUGCAAGCGUUAGUGAGUGGAAAGCUUGCUCUGCGGUAUGCGGGGAGACAGACAGAAGCACUAAAAUGUGUGGCGCAGGCCAGUAAGAACCGAUCGCUGGCAGAUUUUGAAAAGGCUCUGACAGACUAUAAGGUGGAGCUCAGGGACGACCCCAUCAUAAACACUCACUUGGCCAAGCUCUAUGAUAACUUAUUGGAACAGAAUCUGAUCAGAGUCAUCGAACCCUUCUCCAGAGUACAGAUUGAACACAUAUCCAGCCUCAUCAAGCUCUCCAAGGCUCAGGUAGAAAGGAAACUGUCACAGAUGAUACUGGACAAGAAGUUUCAUGGCAUCCUUGACCAAGGCGAGGGAGUCCUGAUCAUCUUCGACGAACCCCCCGUAGACAAAACGUACGAAGCCGCCCUCGAGACUAUUCAGAACAUGAGCAAAGUAGUGGAUUCGCUCUACAACAAAGCCAAGAAGUUGACAUAGCCGCCAAAGCAGAUCCCGGCGCGGUUGGUGCAUCUUCUCGCUUAGGGAAGGAGGAUUUGGAACACAGGCCUGGCUGGAGCUCACGGAGUUACCAUCAGAGAUGAUGCUUCUGCGACACGGAGUGUGAGGGACCAUUUCUUCAGCAGCAUCGCUGAAGAUUUACGGAUCACAACCUGUUUCCGGCACGGCAAGUUUGAGUUCAACCACAUGUAGUUAUAACCAUUAUUAUGGUGACAAAUUAAUUACCCCUUGUACCUCUAAGUGUUCUCGGAAAACUCUGACGCUGUGUUGGAGAGUCUCGUGUGUAAACGCCGUGCGGAAGGCUAGAAAGGGGUUUAGGGUGUCAUUGAACUGAUGUGACAUCUUUAAUCUUCGUGUCUGAAACUUGUGCAGCGCAGACAGCACCAGGUUGAGGUGGUGCGGGGCUUUUGUAGGUGGGAAAACGCGAAGGGCCCAGCUGCGCUUCCGCAGGGCUUGGAUUGCAGGGGAAACGCGUUUCUAGUUCUCUUAAUAAGUUGUUUUUUGAACUAUAAAGAUAUUUCCCAAAAGCA